AAUGAAGAAAGCUCCACUUAAAGACCUAUGAAAUUUCCGACACUAGAACCUUUGUAUAUAGUUUUCGGUAACCUUCGGCAGGGGGCGCUAGGAAAUUGUCGCCACUUUCCGGACAGCCUCCCGGACUUUACCCUCUAGAAAAUUGUACAGUGUUUCCGGCCCUUCUUAGUUGUGGACGCUCGUAAGUUUUCGGCAGUUUCCGGGGAGACUCGGGGAUUCCGCGUCUCGCUCCCUGUGUUCUCAUAGCCCAGUGCGGUGGUGCAGGGUCUCGGGCUGGCCAUGGCGUCCCCGUCUCGGAGACUGCAGACUAAACCAGUCAUUACUUGUUUCAAGAGCGUCCUACUAAUCUACACUUUCAUUUUCUGGAGAGGAGUGUUUCGCAGAUCACUGGCGUUAUCCUUCUUGCAGUUGGCAUUUGGGGCAAGGUGAGCCUGGAGAAUUACUUUUCUCUUUUAAAUGAGAAGGCCACCAACGUCCCCUUCGUGCUCAUUGGUACUGGUACCGUCAUUAUUCUUUUGGGCACGUUUGGUUGUUUUGCUACCUGCCGAGUUUCUGCAUGGAUGCUAAAAUUGUAUGCAAUGUUUCUGACUCUCAUUUUUUUGGUCGAACUGGUCGCUGCCAUCGUAGGAUUUGUUUUCAGACAUGAGAUUAAGAACAGCUUUAAGAAUAAUUACGAGAAGGCUUUGAAGCAGUAUAACUCUACAGGAGAUUACAGAAGCAAUGCAGUAGAUAAGAUCCAAAAUACGUUGCAUUGUUGUGGUGUCACCGAUUAUAGAGAUUGGACAGAUACUAAUUAUUACUCAGAAAAAGGAUUUCCCAAGAGUUGCUGUAAACUUGAAGAUUGUACUCCACAGAGAGAUGCAGAUAAAGUAAACAAUGAAGGUUGUUUUAUAAAGGUGAUGACCAUUAUAGAGUCAGAAAUGGGAGUCGUUGCAGGAAUUUCGUUUGGAGUUGCUUGCUUUCAGCUGAUUGGAAUCUUUCUCGCCUACUGCCUCUCUCGUGCCAUAACAAAUAACCAGUAUGAGAUAGUGUAACCCAGUUGAUCUGUGGGGCUAUUCCUCUCCACCUUUAACGACAUUUAGAGUUCCCCCUGUGAAUUGGAAAAUUGCCUGGCUGGAGAACUGACAACACUACUUACUGAUAGACCGAAAAAGUACACCAGUAGACUGAUUCAAUCAAGAUGUAUGUAGAACAAGAAACUACACCAAUAGGCUGAUUCAAUCAAGAUGCGUGUCCGCUGUGUUGUAAAUCCACCUUCUGUCCCGUUCAUGUUAGAUCAUUGAAACCCUGUAUCCUUCUGAAACACUGGAAGAGCUAGUAAAUUGUGAAUGAAUACUGUGUUACUCUUGACUGUUAUUUUUCUUAGUUGGGGCACCUUUGGAAGGCACUGUGAAUUUGCUAUUUUGAUGUAGUGUUACAAGAUGGAAAAUUGAUUCCUCUGACUUUGCUAUUGAUGUAGUGUGAUAGAAAAUUGACCUCUCUGAACUGGCUCCUUCCCAGUCAAGGUUAUCUGGUUUGAUUGUAUAAUUUGCACCAAGAAGUUAAAAUGUUUUAUCACUUGCUGUUCUGCUGACAGGCAGAGAGUUGCAUUGUGUAAUUUAAUUUCAGUCAGUCAUUAGAUGGCAUCCCUCAUUAGGGUUGCCAGAUGGUGAUAACAGUCUCAGGCCUUGGGUCUAAGGCAUCCAAGACUGGAAGGGACUAUUGAUGUUCUGUGAUACAUCAGGUUUCAGCACACAAUUUACAUUUCUUCACCUCCCAAUUGGGACAUGUAUUAUGAUGUUCAUAUUUUCCCUCUUGUUUGAAAGUUUCUAAUUAUUCAGUGGUGUCGGAAUUACUGUAUUUUCCUUAGGAAUUUAGUGGAACUUAUCUUCAUUAAAUUUAGCUGGUACCUGGUUUAUAUGACUUAAUUGUCAAUAUUAUGGUCAACUUUAAGUCUUGGUUUUGGUUUGUGCCUUUGAUUAACAAGUAUAACUCGUAUACAAUAAAUACUGUUUUCCUCUAAAAA